GGUGUGGUACAUUGUUAUGCUUGUGUUUGUGUAUGAUGAUAAAUACAUAUAUGAAAUAUAAAAUAACACACACACAUGUACAUCAUGUACCCGGCCAGAUAAAGAGAGAGAGGAAGAAGGAGGAAUAGAAAGAGAGAGAGAGAGAAAGGGUGACGUUGUUGAUGGUAGUACACAGUACACACUUUGUGCAAGUGUUUCAUCGACAGGAGGGGCUAGGAAAGAAUUGGUUCCACACCGGGUUGUACCAUCUAGGCAUCGGCCUGUAUUGGUAAAUAAAAUACAUACACACACAUUCAGUAAAUAAUAAAAAAAAAAUAAGAGCUCGCGGGUUGAGAGGAGGUAAAAUAUAUAAAAAAAAAAUAAAUAAAUAAAGAGGCAAGAGAGCUGUAAGAGGUGGAAUGGAAAGGCAAAAGGCAAGCAAUGCAAAGAGAGACUAUUCGUAAAGUUGAGACACGAACGAGGUCUCGUACGUUCGUUGGUACGCCAAAGGAGCGCCAUCAAAAUUUUAUAAAUAAUAUAAUAAUUAUUAUUAUUUUAAUAAUUAUUUUUUUUUUUUUAAUUGAUACUACAGUGUUAUAGUGAAAUUAAUUUUUUUUUUUUAUUAUUAAUUAAAAUUCAAUAUAUAUUUAAUACAAAAUAAUUAUCAAUAAAUAAAUUUUUUUUCUUUUUUUUUUAAAUUAAUUCAAAAAAAAAAAAGUAUUUGUUUUUUUUUUUUUUUUUUUUUUUUAAAAAUGACAUUUAAACGGUGAAUUUUCGAAUUCCACAAAAGUCUUUUUAGAAAUUUUUUUUUUUUCAUAUUAAAUCAAUUUUUAUUUUUUAAAAAAUUUUUUUAAUUAUUAAUAAAUGUGAAAGUAUUGUGUGUUUAAAAAAAAUUGUGCCAAAAUGUGGAUUGAAUAUUAUUAAUUUUAUUAUUAUUUUAAAUGUGUCAAAUUUAUUUGUUAUUGUUGUUAUUUUUUGACAAGUGCUAGUCAAAUUAGUGAAUUUUGAUAUUACUAAUAUUAAUAUAAAAAAAAAGUAUAUUAUUUAAUUAUAAAUAAUAAAUAAAAUGGCUGAUUUUUUAUUGUUUUUAUUUAUUAAAAAACAAAAUUGUGAACAGGUGUUUGUUAGUGUUGUUUAUUUCAUCAAAAAAUGUGAUUUUUCGUGAUGUCAAAUGUCAAAAAAAUAAUAAUAAUAAAUUUAAAAAAGUCUUCCUAUUAAUUAAACAAAUAAUAAUUAAAAAUUUUUUCACAAAAAAUCUUCCUAUAUUGUCAAUAUAAUAAUUUAUAAAUUAAAAAUUGAUAAAGUGAUAGUUAUUAUUUGAAGCUGCAUAUAUGUCAUUGAUUCAUGUGAAUAAUAAUAGUUAAUAAAUAUACAUAAAUAAAUUAAUAAAAUGAACAAAUUUAAGUGGACAAAUGCUGAACAUUCCUUCACGAUUAAACAUCAAAUUCUUUUUACUCUCGUUGUACUCCUGGCUAAGGUCACGUAUUCGGCAGACCUUGCCAUUGAGAUACCUGGAAAUUUGAGUCAGGGUGGUGCAUGGUACAGAUUAGAUUACAGUCCACCAAUUGGCUAUCCCAGACCAAAUGAAACAAUUGCAGCAACUGAUCUUGGUAAAGUUAUUAAAUUUCGUGAUGGAUUACCAGGUACAAAAUAUGAGUUUUGGUUGUACUACAGUAAUGGAACACUUCAUGAUUGGCUAACUUGGACAGCUUCAAUAACAACAGCACCAGAUCCACCAUCAAAUUUAACAGUAUCUGUUCACAAUGGUAAAACAGCACUUGUCUAUUGGUCACCACCAAAUCAAGGAAAUUAUUCUGGUUUUCGUUUACGUAUACAAAGUUUUAAUGAUGCUGGUAAUCCACGUACAAGUGUUAUACCAGCUGAUUCAGUACCAUAUACAUUACAAGAAUUAACAGCUGGUGCAACAUAUUCUCUACAGUUAUUUACAGUAUUAGAUGCUAAAGAAAGUGUUGCAUAUACAAGUCGUAAUUUUACAACAAAACCAAAUACACCUGGUAAAUUUAUUGUAUGGUUUAGAAAUGAAACAACAUUACUUGUAUUAUGGCAACCACCAUAUCCAUCUGGUAUAUAUACACAUUAUCGUGUUAGUAUUGAACCACGUGAUGCAAUUGAAUCAAUAUUUUAUGUUGAAAAAGAAGGUGAACCACCAGGACCAGCACAAGCAGCAUUUAAAGAUUUAAUACCAGGUAGAGCAUAUAAUAUAUCAGUACAAACAGUAUCUGAAGAUGAAACAUCACCACCAACAACAGCACAAUAUCGUACAAUACCAACACGUCCAAUAAAUGUUACAUUUGAUAAAUAUUCAUUGACAUCAACAAGUUUUAGAGUAUAUUGGAAUCCACCAAAUGGUACAUCAGAAUUUGAUAAAUAUCAAAUAUCACUUGAUGUCAUGAUAUCAGAUAAAAGUGUACGUAAAUUAUCACCAAUAACACUUAAUCGUGAUGAGGAUAAUACAUGGGAAUUUAAUGAUCUUGAACCAGGUAAUACAUAUCAAGUUAUUGUUAAAACAGUAUCUGGUAAAGUAUCAAGUUGGCCAGCAACUGGUGAUAUUACACUUAAACCAUUAUCUGUACGUAAUUUAUCAGCAAAUAUUGAUGAUAAAAGUGGUAUGCUUGAAGUAUCAUGGGAACCAGAAAAUUCAAGUAUACAAGAUAGUUAUAAAUUACAAUAUCAUGAAGUUGAAACAACAUCAAUAACUGGUGAUAGUAAUACAUUAACAACAGAUAAAACAAUAAUUAAAUUAGAAGCAUUAUUACCAGGACGUAAUUAUACAAUAAUUGUACAAGCAAUUAGUAAUAAAAUAUUAUCAAAUGAAACAAUAAUAUAUUGUGUAACACGUCCAUCAAGUCCAAUUAUUGAAGAUUUAAAAUCAAUUGAUAAAGGUUUAAAUAUAUCAUGGAAAAGUGAUGUUAAUUCACGUCAAGAUAAAUUUGAAGUAACACAUACAAGAAAUGAUACUGGUGAAAGUGCAACAACAUUAACAACUGAAUCACAUAUUAUACUUGAAGAUCUUUAUCCAGGUGCUGGUUAUGAAGUUAAAGUAUUUGCAAUAAGUCAUGGUUUACGUAGUGAACCACAUGAUUAUUUUCAAGCUGUAUUACCACAUCCACCAAAAAAUUUAAGAAUUGAAAAAGUAACAAGUAAUAGUGUAUUAGUACAUUGGACACAACCAGAUAAUUCAUUAUAUACUGAAUAUUCAAUAAGAUAUAAAACAGAUGAUGAUCCAAGAUGGGAAAAAUUACCAAGUGUUAAAGUUACUGAAGCUGAAGUUACUGAUAUGACACCUGGUGAAAAAUAUACAAUACAAGUUAAUACUGUUAGUUUUGGAGUUGAAAGUUUAUAUCCAUUACAAGUUAAUCAUACUGUUAAACCAAAUAUUAUAACAAAUAUUAUACCAAUUAUUGAUUCAACAAAUAUAACACUUGAAUUUACAAAACCAGAAGGAAGAAUUGAAACUUAUGUUGUUAAAUGGUGGCAAAUUGAUAAUACAAAUGAUAUUAAAAUUAAAAAUAUUACUAAUAAUUAUCAUGGUGAUUUAUUAAAUUAUGAUGAUAAUAAUAAUUCAGCUAAUAAUAUUGAAAAAAUUUUAAUUGAUGAUUUAAUGUCUGGUGUUGAAUAUACAUUUUCAAUUUAUGGUAUAUCAUAUCAUCUUGUUAGUGAUGUUGUUAAUUUAACAACAAGAACAAUGCCUUUGAUACAAUCUGAGGUUGUCGUUGUUGUUGACAGAGAUUUACCAGAUUCAUUAACAUUACGUUAUACACCAACACCAAUUGAAUCAUCAAAAUUUAAUUUUUAUCGUUUUCAUAUUAGUGAUAAAAAUAAUACAACCAAAGAAAAACUUGUUGAUGAUGAAGAUACUAAAGUAACAUUUGUCAAUCUUAUACCAGGUAAAUUAUACAAUGUUACUGCUUGGACAGUUUCAGUUGAUGUUGAAAGUCGACCAAUUUUACGACAAGAUCGUCUAUAUCCUGAAGCUAUAACUGCAAUUCAUGCAAUUGAUAUUAAUGAUACAAAAAUAACAUUGAAUUGGGAUUUACCAAAGGGUGAAUAUGAUUCAUUUGAAGUGCAAUAUUUAAAUAGUGAUGAUGCAUAUGUACAAAAUAUAACAUCACAAAAUUCAAUAACAAUAUCAGAAUUAAAACCACAUAGAAAUUAUACAUUUACACUUGUUGUAAGAUCUGGAUCAGAGUCAAAUUAUUUAAGAAGAUCAAGUCCAUUAAGUGGUAGUUUUACAACAAGUGAAUCAUAUCCUGGUAAAGUUGAUAAAUUUCAUCCAACAGAUAUUCAACCAGGUGAAAUUAGUUUUGAAUGGUUUUUAUCAAUUGGUGAAUACAAUGGUGUUAUUAAAAAAUUUACAAUUACUUAUGGAUUAGAGGCAUCAAGUCAUACAUUAACAAGAGAUUUUAAACCCAAUGAAUUUCGUGGUAUUAUUAAAAAUUUAAUACCAGGAAAAACUUAUAUGUUUCGUAUACAAGCUGAGACUAAAAUUGGCUAUGGUCCUGAAGCAAUAUGGAAACAAAAAAUGCCAAUUUUAGCACCACCAAAACCACCAACACAAGUUGUACCAACAGAAGUAUGUAGAAGCAGUACAACAAUACAGAUUAGAUUUAGAAAAAAUUAUUUUAGUGAACAGCAUGGUUCUGUUAUAUCUUAUACUGUUAUUGUUGCUGAAGAUGACAGUAAAAAUGCAUCAGGUUUAGAAAUGCCAAGUUGGAGAGAUGUACAAGCUUACAGUGUAUGGCCUCCAUAUCAGGUAAUGGAUCCAUAUUAUCCAUUUAAAAAUGGAUCAGUUGAAGAUUUUACAAUUGGAUAUGAAAAUUGUGAGAGUAAAGUUGGUUAUUGUAAUGGACCAUUAAAAUCAGGAUCUACAUAUCGUGUUAAAGUACGUGCAUUUACAGCAUCAGAUAAAUUUACAGAUACAAGCUACAGUUUUCCCAUACAAACAGGAUUACUGCUGGCAGAUAAAGAUAAUACAGUUAUUAUUGUUGGAAUAACAGUGCCAAUAUUAGUUUUAUUAACAUUAUUGGGAAUUGGAUUAUUAGUUAGAAGACACAAAAAUCAAUUGAGAAAAAUAACUGAACCAAGAGCUGCUGAUAAUCUAUCAUUGCCAGAUAGUGUAAUUGAAACAAGUCGUCCAAUAAGAGUUGAAAAUUUUGCUGAACAUUAUAGAAUAAUGUCAGCAGAUUCAGAUUUUCGUUUUUCUGAAGAAUUUGAAGAAUUAAAACAUGUUGGAAGAGAUCAAGCAUGUACUGCUGCUGAUUUACCAUGUAAUCGUCCAAAAAAUCGUUUUACAAAUAUUUUACCAUAUGAUCAUAGUAGAUUUAAACUUCAACCAGUUGAUGAUGAAGAAGGUUCUGAUUAUAUUAAUGCAAAUUAUGUACCAGGUCAUAAUUCACCACGUGAAUUUAUUGUAACACAAGGACCAUUACAUUCAACACGUGAUGAUUUUUGGCGUAUGGUUUGGGAAAGUAAUAGUCGUGCAAUUGUUAUGUUAACAAGAUGCAUUGAAAAAGGACGUGAAAAAUGUGAUCAUUAUUGGCCAAUUGAUACAUUACCAGUAUAUUAUGGUGAUAUAUCUGUAACAGUAUUAAAUGAAACACGUUAUCCAGAUUGGAGUAUUACAGAAUUUAUGUUAUGUCGUGGUGAUGUUAAACGUGUUAUACAACAUUUUCAUUUUACAACAUGGCCAGAUUUUGGUGUACCAAGUCCACCAACAACACUUGCUAGAUUUGUACGUGCAUUUAGAGAAAGAGUUAGACCAGAUCAAAGACCAAUUGUUGUACAUUGUUCAGCUGGUGUUGGUAGAAGUGGUACAUUUAUAACACUUGAUAGAAUAUUACAACAAAUACAAGUAUCUGAUUAUGUUGAUAUAUUUGGUAUUGUAUGGGUUAUGAGAAAAGAACGUGUUUGGAUGGUACAAACUGAACAACAAUAUAUUUGUAUACAUCAAUGUUUACUUGCUGUACUUGAGGGACAAGAUACAACUGGACCACCAAGAGAAAUUCAUGAUAAUCAAGGAUUUGAAGGAAUUGUAGGAAUAUAUUUGAAACACAGUUUAAAAAAUUUAGGAAAAAAUCAAAGUUCAGUCGAGAGUGCUGUUAGUCCAACAUCGGAUGAAAAGGAGAGAUGACCUUCGGACUCGGGAAAUGAAGACGAGGAUGAUGAAGGAAUUGCUGAAUCAGGAAUGUGACACAACGACCUGGAGGAGUGUGAGAAUCUGACUUAAAAAAAAACCCAGUGAAAAUAUUUGCUUCAAUGACAGCUAACGUGCUCAAAAGAAAAAAAAAAAUCGAAGAAAAAAAAAAAGCUAGUUAUUAAUAAUAACUUAUUAUUAUUUUUAUUUUUUGUAUUGAAUUUUUUUUGAAUUC